UGCUCCCACAUCAUUGUACACAACGCUGUCACUGACAACAACGGACUUUGGCGGUGCUGCAGCAUAUAGCUGCAUUGCUGGAUACAAAUCAAUCGAUGGAGAUCAGCAAUUAUCUUGCACAUCCAACGGUACUUGGACAGGCCAGCCACUACAGUGUGUGGAAGUUACCUGUCCUCCGCUCCUAGCUCCCGACAAUGGUAACAUUAGUCUUGAUGCCGCAAGCUUUGCCUACUCUGCAAUGGCAAACUUGACAUGCGAUACUGGCUACAUUCUUGCAGGCUCUAGUCAACGUACAUGUCUGCAAUCCGGAAUGUGGAGCGGAGUGGCCGCAACCUGCAAUAUUGUACUGUGUCCAGUGAAUGACCUGACCAAGCAUCUACACGCGAAUGUCAACACAAGCGGCCUCACACACCUGGACUUCUCCACCGGUGUCCGCUACUCCUGCACCCGUGGCUACAAGCUGCUGGGAGCAGAGAUGCAGCACUGCUUGGACACCGGGCACUGGAGCUCACCGACACCCACCUGUACUGUCGUGACUUGCCCCCAUCCUGGCGAGCCCGAGAGCGGCGUUCGCAUUCCCGGCCGUGUCUUCGUCUGGCAGCAGAACAUCACGGUGGCAUGCGCUCGCGGUCAUCAGCUUGUCGGUGACGGCACACUGGUGUGCACUGAGCAUGGGAACUGGUCAGCACCGGUACCCCAGUGCCAAGCACUCCUGUGUAACACCAGCUUUGCGAGCCCAGCAAACGCCGUGACGGUCACAUCUGCCGGUGUGUUCCAACCCGGCAUUGCCCUACCAGAGUACACCGUCAUACUGGCUGUUUGCCAGCCAGGUUACACGAGUUACUCCAAUACAAACUCAGUCUGCCACAGCGGACAAUGGCAGCCAGCGUUCGAGCCCCGGUGCAUGCGACACACAUGCCCGCCGAUCAAGGACCAUGGCGCCAAUACUCAGCACGUUGGCGGCGGAAAUCUCUUCGGCGAUGUAGUCAGCUAUCGUUGCCAGUACGGACACGAGUGGUCGUGGCCGCUCGGCACGUUCAACACCUCCUGUACGUACAACAUGACGUGGUCCGCUCUAGCGCCAGACUGUCAUCCAGUGCAGUGUCCACCGCUCGCCGAUAUCACCAGUGGCAGCUGGAACAACGCAAGCUUAGCUGCGUCUCUAUUCAACACCACAGCCGUCGGCCAUUGCGACCAUGGUUACGAACUAGCGUCUGGAAAUCUGACGCGGACAUGCCAGCAUAGUAGACGCUGGACUGGAGAUCAGCCAUCGUGUCAGAAGGUCACCUGUCCACAGCCAACAGUGCCCGCUAACGGGGAGAUGUUGCACUACCGAGGCAACACAUACUUGGCCAGUGUCAGCUUCCGUUGCGAUGACGGUUAUGAGCUGAGUGGAGUGAUGACCGUCCACUGUCAGGCAAACAGGACCUGGUCCGCUGAUCUGCCGACCUGUGUUCGUGUGACGUGCUCCGAACCUCUACCACCAGUAUACGUACCGCUGCACGCCAUCAACCAGACGGACAUUGUGCACGGGGAUUGGCAGCCGUCACGCAAGCACACGUUUGGAGCGGUGUUUGUCUACAGCUGUAACCCAGGCUACUACCUACAGAACACGUCCUACUCAGCCACGUGUCUGCAGAACCACAGCUGGAGUGCGGAGCAGCCAGAGUGUCUAGCUGUUCGGUGCAGUGUUGCCGAGUUGCCCAUUGUCCUCAAUGGCCGCCAUAACAACACCAUCGGCAACGGCAGUGCCCAGCUGUCAUACGCUGCAAGCCUGUCGUGGACGUGUGACUUGGGCUACACGCUGAGUAGUGGUGAUGCAGUGCGCACCUGUGUGCAGAUGAACAGCUCUGCCGGCUACUUCAGUGGCUCAGGACCAACUUGUUCAAAAAUGCAGUGUCCCGUAUACCCGCUCAUCACCAACGGCAUCCUGCGUCGUCGUCGCAGUUACUACGAGUACGGAGAUCGCCUGCAGAUCCAGUGCAUCGCUGGCCACGAGCUACCCACCACGCUGGGGUUGCGCAACACCACGCUAGAAUGCUUGGCCAACAGCACCUGGUCAGAUCAGUUCACCGAGUGCUCGAUCAUCAGUUGUCCUCCACUUGCGGACGUUCCGAACGCCAAUUCCCAGGGCACCAAUCUCACUUUCAAUAGUGGAAUCACCUACUCGUGUCAUGCUGGCUUCGAAAUGACCGCCGGUACAGCCAGGCGCAGUUGCCUUGACGACAAGACGUGGAGCGGCAGCUCGCCGACAUGUACAAGGAUCACAUGCAAAACGCCGACUGCCAGCGGUCAGGAAUCAGUAACACCGACCAGCAUGUCACAUGACUGGAACACAACCGUCGACUUCAUCUGCAACGCUGGCUACCUGCUGAAUGCUGGUCAGGCACAGGCUAUGUGUGCUGACGAUGGCAAGUUUGACAAUCAACAUCCAGGAUGCAGCGCUGUUCAAUGUCUGCCUCUCAAUGUUGCCAAUGCGCAACUCUCCGCCACAGCGGCACAGUACGGCGACAACAUCACGGUGACCUGCGAUCGCGGCUUUGAGCUGAGCGUCGGCAAGUAUUCAACGGACAUCACGUGCCAGGCGCACGGCAAUUACUCGAUACGUGUACCGGCCGCUUGCACCCGGAUUGAGUGCGAUCCGCUGCCAACGCUUUCCUACUCGCAUCAGAGCUCUACCAAUGUUCUCUAUCAGUCGGUGGUCGAUAUCAUCUGCGACUCCGGGUACGUGGGCGCUAGCAAUGUGCUGUCUGCACGUUACCAGUGUGCGUUCAUACCAAAUAGCCGAGCUGCCAUUCCCUACGGCUGGGUGAAUAUCACUGCAGACUUGCGACCGACAGGAUGUGCUCCAGUCUCUUGCCUGUACACACCGACGAUAAAUAAUUUCAUUUUCGACAAUACAACUCUGCCGGCAUCGCUCCAAUAUCUGGAUACUCUCUCCGGUAGUUGUGACCUUGGCUAUGAGCUAACUGAUGGUGAUCUGGUUCGUAGUUGUGUAGUUGAUGUUCGUAAUAAUGGUGUUGGUAUGUUGACUGGCAGUGUUCCUCUAUCAACUGUGAUCAUCCUGGACACAGUAACUACAUCAGCCGACAUGGAGAUGAACAUUUCUACAAUAGAUCUGUGA